AUGACAACAACAUCUCCUGGGUCACUCUGCGUCUGGUGUGGGAAUGUGAACUUUGCCAGAAGAACCAGCUGUAACAGAUGUGGGAGAGAAAAAACGACAGAAGCCAAAAUGAUGAAAGCUGGAGGGACUGAGAUAGGAAAGACACUGGCAGAGAAGAGUCGUGGCCUCUUCAGCGCCAACGACUGGCAGUGCAAAACCUGUGGAAACGUGAACUGGGCCAGGAGGUCAGAGUGCAACAUGUGCAACACCCCAAAGUACGCCAAGCUGGAGGAGAGGACAGGCUACGGAGGAGGGUUCAACGAGCGGGAGAACGUGGAGUACAUAGAGCGGGAGGAGUCAGACGGGGAGUAUGAUGAGUUUGGGCGCAAAAAGAAGAAGUACAGAGGGAAGCCAGUGGGUCCUGCAUCCAUCCUGAAGGAAGUAGAAGAUAAGGAAUCUGAAGGGGAAGAUGAGGAGGAUGAGGAUGAAGAUCUCUCCAAAUAUAAAUUGGAUGAGGAUGAGGAUGAAGAUGAUGCUGACCUGUCAAAGUACAACCUGGAUGCCAGCGAGGAAGAGGACGGCGCCAAGAACGCGCAGCCCGGCAGGCGCAGCCGCUCCAAGUCUCGCUCCUCCCACUCUCGCACCUCGUCGCACUCAUCCUCUCACUCGAGCUCAAGGUCUAGGUCCAGGUCCCAUUCAAGAAGUUCUUCCAGUUCCAGAUCAAGAUCUCGUUCCAGUUCCAGAGAACAGUCUAGAUCUCGUGGGUCGAAAUCCAGAUCCAGCUCCAGGUCCUACAGGGGGUCUUCCACCCCAAGGAAAAGAUCUUACUCAAGCUCUCGUUCAUCAUCUUCCCCCGAGAGAGGCAAGAAGAGAAGUCGUUCUAGAUCCUCUUCAUCUGGUGAUCGCAAAAAAAGACGAUCGAGAUCACGGUCACCCGAAAGACGCCGCAGAUCUUCAUCUGGAUCAUCCCAUUCUGGUUCCCGUACAAGUUCUAAAAAGAAAUAAUGUAUUAAAGGUCACAUUGGGGGGGGAGGAAAAAAAAUCAAACAAAAAAAAAAACCAAAACAAAACAAAUUCCAGUCAGUGCAUGAGACAUUUUUAAGAAGUUGGUGUCUUACUUGGUCAGAAGUGCUAAAUCUGCUAGUAGAGGUGCAUGUCUGUCCUUGCUUUCUGGAAAACUGCAGCUUUGUUCAUUCAUGAAACAAAAAGUGAGGUAGCAUUUUAAGCCAUAAACUCCCCAGAGGAGGUGUGCAGAUUUAU